AUGACACGGUUAUUAUACACACUGAAAUUUUUAUUUUGCGUUUUAUCGUUGACAACUCAAUUUAGUUUGGCCACAACCAUAUCUAAAGCGCCAGUUACUACCACAAGUGUCUCAACAGAAAUAAUUGAACUGGCAAGAUCCAAGGCGGCACAAUAUGAUAUGCCGAUAAUCUCUGCAUUUUUAGCUGAUUACAACUCUGACGACAUUAAAUAUUUGUCCUAUUUAAAUGAAAAUUCUAAAACCUUGCCUCAAGAUAUAAUUAAUUAUCUAUAUCGUAUAAUAACUAUAUCACAAUAUGAUUCAUUACAACAAGACAUGGCGUCAACUUUCCCAUUUGACGAAUUUCAAACUUUUGUUCAACCGUUUCCUUGGUAUUCUAAUAUUUUGAAGAGUGCAAAUGCUACUACCUUUUAUGUUCCAGAAGAUUUUGAAAGCACUAUCCAUAUCGAAACUACCAGUGUCGUUAGUGCUAACAUUGGUACCACUAAUAUGACUAGUAUAAGUAAAAAUACUGACAACACUGUUGUUACAAAAACAAGUACUAUAAGUACGGAAAGUAAUAAAAGUAGUACCAGUAAUUCAAGUGAAAGUAGUGGUACUAUUUCUACUAAAUCAUCAAAUGGUGGUAGUCGUGUUAUAAUGGGCUUUGUACCUGCUUUCUCUUCAUCUCCACUUAUAAUUUUAACAUUAUUAUCUACUUGUUUGCUUUUGCCAUUUUUUUUAAUAAUUUAA